AUGGCUGCUCUCCCUUCCCUUGACCCUCCUUCUCCUCAGGCCUUGGAGCUUGCAGUCUCCUCCAUGCAGGUGGGAGAGGUGGCCCUUUUCCUGGUCGGCCCGACCUGUGCCUAUGGUUGCCUAGGCAGGGAGCCUGACAUCCCCUCCAAUGCCACUCUGCUCUAUGAGGUGACCCUGCUUCAAGUGCAGGACGGCCCCAAUCCAGCACUCUUGCCCGCCUCGGAGCGCCUGGGCCUAGUCAAUCGUCGGCGGGAGUGGGGCAACUUCCAUUUCGAGAGGGAGGACUUCCAGCGGGCUCUGCGCUGCUACCAGGAGGCUCUGCAGCUGCUACUCUUGCCAGGGGAAGGCUGCCUGAGCCCCGACGAGGAAGAGGAGCGUCGAGAGCUGGAGCUCAAAUGCCUCAACAACUCUGCGGCCGCACAGAUGAAGCUGCAGCGGCCGGAGGAGGCCCUGGGAUCCUGCAACCGGGUGCUGCAGCUGGACCCCGACAAUGUCAAGGCACUCUUCCGGAAAGGCAAGGUAGAGCCA